AUGGCUAUGGGAUAUCUGGGACAAGGCAGUCUCCUCCAUGGCGUCUUGCCUACGCCACCUGUCGAGGCGCCUGCGUCCGGCCAACCGGCUUUGGGACAUGACCAUCAAAGCCUUGCACAGCCGCUCCCUUUCCAACAGUUUGGUAUGCCAAUUCAAGCUCAGGGCUCCCUGCCAGCGGACUUCGGAGCAGGGACAACCGCUCCUCGAAGCGCGCUCCUAGGCCACCUCGCAGCAGCCCUGGAUCAGCGCUUCGAUCAUCGCCGGCUGUCCGAGGCCGACUCCUGGCAUGCGGAGAUCCUGCGGACAGAGGCCUCCUACCUGAGCCAGCGCAACUUUGACAUGGCCAAGGUAAACAACGGAGAUGUGGCACAGGAGCCCAAGCCCUGCGUGUCACGGGAGAGCUGUACGGACAGCUCCGCAGACGUGGAAUACCUCCUGGCUGGCGGCCUGAGUCUUCCGGCUAUGAGACGGACCUCCAGCGCCACCACCUCCCACGUCCUGGCGGCAGGCGGCCUGCUUCCCGCUCCACUCCGGCCGGGCUCCAUUGUUGCUACCGGCAGUGGCAGCCUUCCGCCUCCGCCACUGUCCAGCGGUCCAGCGACGCACCUGCCCUCCCUCAACUCGGGCAUCGGACCGGCAGCCGGAGCUCACCACCACAUCACACAACUGCGGCACCCAGCCGCCCUCCAAAUGCCGCCCCACCCAGGUCUCAACGCCCCCCAACUACAGCGACCGGAGCUCCCACAGUCCCAACAACACCUGCAGCAGCAGAUAUCGUCCCAUGCCGGCAGUGUGCCGUCCGCGCAGCAGUCCGGGGUUCUCGGGCUGCGCGAGCCCACACGCUCCGAAACCCUAGGCUCUGGAAUUGGUACAGCAGGUGGAUCCCGACAGGAUCGCUGGUCGGAAGAGGGAGCCUCCAUCGGCGGCCUACCCCGCGGCCAAGCCGGCGGCUUGUCUAUGCCGCCGCUGCGGACGAGCGCUGCCCCGCCGCUGGGCCAGGAGCGUCUGGCAGCAGGAGCUGCCGCCGCCGCGGUGAUGGAAGCAACGGUGGACCAGUCCCUCCCGUGCCCCGAGGGUCCGCCAGCCGUCAUGGCUUGCAGGAGCCCGGACAUGGACACGGACCUGCUCACCCGGACCCCCGCGGGGUCACCGCAGGACACGGAGUGGCAGUCGCCCCUGGGGCCUGGCGGGUUACUAUCGGACGCCGGUGGCGGCAACGUUGGCUGUGUUGGCACUGUGGCAGCAGCGUCGGCUGAGGUCGACGACAGGCACAUCUCCGCUAGCGCUUUCUUGGAGUUUGCAGGCGAGGCAGGGCUCUUCACCAGCAGCGGUGGCGGUGGCGGCGGACUCAACUGCGGCCGCGGCGGCGGUGGCGGCGGGGACUCCCCGCGCUCACCCUCACACCUGUCCGUACUUGCGGCCAUGCAGCUGUCUCGUCAACAACAGCAACAACAACAACAGCAACAACAGCAACAAAGCUUGUUGCUGCAACAGCAGCAGCAACAGAUCCGGCAAUUAUCGCGGGGAGGCCUGUCUAUGCAGCAGACAAUGCAGCCGGGGCCCCUGUACGGCGGCACCUCCGUACCACAGCUCAUGCGCCCCUCAGCCGCCAUGUUCACCGCAGCGGCGGCAGCUGGGCUCCAGGAAGGCCUCCCUCGCCUUCCAGGAGCAGUAGCAGGGGCAGGAGCACACGGCGCUGGGAGCGGGCUGCAGGCGCCUGGCGGCGGCGGCGGCAGUAGCGGCGGAUAUGCGUCGCCGCCAGUGCUUGUCGCUCACGGUGGCGGCGCCGUUAGUGAUGGCGGCCGCUCGCCUGUGACGGCGUCGCCUCGACACACUUUGCAACAACAGUCCCCCUACAACGCACACAUUAGUCCGCAUCUGCAGCAGAACUCACUACUUGCCCAGUCCCAGCAGCAGCAACAACAACAGCAGCCGCCACAACGGCGACAGCAACAAAGCCCAGAUCUCGAACACCUUAAAACUGAAGGCGGCGAUACCAGCCGGCUGGGGACUGCUGGGGCAGUUGGAGGGGGAGGCGGUCGGCAACGCAGCCCCCCCGGCCGCGCCGCCACUCCCACUCCCACUCCCCGGCACAGCCGGACUUUGCCACACCCACACAGCCAACCACCAACCCAACAGCAGCAGCAGCAGCAGCAAGGGCAGCAGGUCCCAGCCAUGUUAGCGGAUGUGGUGCCAGAUAGUACGACACCCGGCAAAGCCGACAGGUCGGGAGUGGCCGUAGCAGCCGCGCUGGCGAGGGCCUCCCGGCUCAUGAAGCGCCGCCGCGCCUCGCCACGCUCGGUAGUGAAGCACGCGCCCGGUGUCAGCCUGGCGGAGCCCGAUGCAGAGGCGGGCCAGGGGCCGGGACCCGGGCCCGGGCCCAGCAGCGGCAGCCAGCGAAGCCAUCAGCCCAGUGGGGGCGGGCUCUCCAGGACCCGGUCCGCCGCGAUGGCGAGUCCCGCUGGCAGCCUGCAGCGCCGUACGACAAGCCUUAGCGGCAUCGGCGGCGGCCCUGUCCGGCCGGACAUCAGCGCUGCCACUGCUAAUGCCACCGUCACCGCAACGGCUACUGCCAACGCUACUGCGACGACCACCAGCGCCCGGCUGUUCUCUGAGAGUGAAGGGGAGGAGGUGCAGCGGCGCCGUCGCGACGGAGAGGAUGGUGAAGAAGGCCACGAGGUAGGCCGCGAGGUGGCGAUAGCGGCUGGCGAUAGCGACGACGAGGACGGUAGCUCUGACGGGGCCGACUCCUCCCCGGAUACCGCCACCGUAGCCCCCAGUGGCGGCGACGCGGACGAAGCGUACGGCAGAGUGGGAUCGAGCCGCCGCAGCCGUACUGCCAUCAGCGGGGGCGUUGGCGCCGCCGCCGCAGCCAGAGGCGGACCAGAUGCCCCCGACGCCCCCGUCGCGGUGGGCGCGUCAGCUGACACACAGAUGAUCAUCGACCCCAUCACUGGCCUGCCCCGUAGACGCGCUAUGACGCAGGAAGAGCGUAUGGUUCGUAACCGUGAAGCUGCGGCCAAGAGCCGGGCUCGCCGUCAUCAGUACCAACAAAACUUGGAGCAGCACAUUCGGGCCCUACAGCAGCACAGCGCUGAGCUCCGGAAGCUGCUAGAGGCGCAUGCCGUACCGCUGCCGCCGCACCUCCUGGAGCAGCAGGUGCGGCUGGGAGACGGGCUGCCGCCGCCGCCGCCGCGGACGAGCCCACCCCGCAGCCGCAAGGGCAUCGGCGGCAGACCCCGGAAGUACCCCCUGAACCCUGACGGAUCCAAACCGAGCCGCAAGCGCCGGCGGACGUCCACCGGUACGGCAUUGACGACGGCAGCGACGCCCGUACCGGCUGCCAGAGGUGUGUCAGCCGCGGCAGUCGAGACAACUGGCGGGGCCUCGGACGAGGACGUCAAGCCGCGGCGGGUGACUGCAGGCCGCCGUACAUCAACAGCGGCCGGGGGUGGUAAUGACGGUGGAAGUGGCGAGGGUGGUGACGGUGGAGGAGGUGAGGAGGGGGUUCGUGGAGCCGGCGGCGGCAACCGUGGCGGCCGCGGCCGCAGGGGCCGCGGUGGCGGCGGCAGCCGAGCGCGGGGCCGUGGCAUCAUUGGCGGCGGCGGUCGUACCGGCCGGAAGAAGCUGCAGAGUGACGACGUGGAGGAGGACGAUGCGGGAUCGGGGCCAGGAGCCGCAGGCGGCGGAGAGGAGCAGGUUCGCGACAGCGGCGAGGAAAGGCUGGAGCAACAGGUCGUAGCGGGGGCCAGUCCGCGUAGCGCUGGCGCCACCGCGGCCGCCAGCAGCGGUGGCGGCGGCGCCGGCGGCGCCGGAGGCCUUGAUAUUAGCCGUACAGUAAACAAGGCUGCUUUGGCCACCGAAGAAGCGCUGACUCCGCCUCGCCCUCGGCGGAGUACGACGACGUCGGCGGUGGGUCGACUCGCGACGGAGGCGGCGGUCGACGCUGUCGACGGUGAUACCGCGGUAGUGGUGGUCGGCCAAUCGCCCCUGCGACAGCAACCUUUUGAAAUGGCGCCUUUUCCGCAGUACCGACCAGGUGGAGAGGUUGCAGCAGAUGUAACUCGACUGGAUACGUUUGGUCCCGCUGAAGCAGACGCAUCCGCGGCUGCUACAGCCGCGGACCCCGCUCAGCCGCCCUUCACAGACCCCUGGCAACUGCCUCAGUGGCCGCCGCCGCCGCCGCCGCCGCCACCGCUUAUCCCCGGCCCCCCCCGUCCAUCACUUGAAUCGCCCGCCGGCCCCUCGGCUCGCCCCGCAAGGGCCCCAUGCGCGACAGACCCACGAGUCGCUGCCGCGACCGCCUUGCUGCCGCCGCUGCAGCCCCAGCCGCCGCCUCACGGCGAGUCCGGUCCCGAGGCACUUGGCCUGGAUGAUGUGGCUUCAGGAGGCGCACAGCCGGCCAUGGUGCUCAGCCCCGGAGGUGUCGGGGGUGGGGACGGGGACGGGGGGGUGCUGGGGUCGCUCGCGAGCCCGGGGGGGGACAUCGCGGGCUCCUCCGCGGAUGGGGGCAGUGCGGGGCCCUCCGGCGGGGACAUGGGUCCCUUCGACAUGCUGGGAUUGGGUUUCGGAGACCUGCUGGGUGCUGGGUUCCUAGGCCAACAGUGA